CUAACGCAGACAAAACAUUGAUUUUCUCACUCAAAUCUCGUGAAAACUUUUCAGAAGACAAGACACGAUCCCCGAUAAAUUACCGGUAUAACCAACUUCAAUUAUCAUAUUUUUAUCCCCAUUUCCUUCGACCUUUCUUUUCCCUGUUUUGGACCCAUCCAGAGCUUAGCUAUUGAAACAAAAUUUGAUCAUUGGGAACUGACUUUAAUCACUUGAAAACUGAAUUGGCAAGAUGUUCUAUUGAGAAUUGGGUUGUAUGUGAGAGGUUCUUUGUUUUGAUGAUGCCAAAAUGAUGCUUUCGAAAGCUGAGUCUAGAAAUGGUGAUGGUGAUGGAAGUUCGAAUAGUGGUCAACUGCUGAGAGACAUUGAGGCAAUAAGCAAAGCCCUAUACUUGCAUAAAACCCCACAAAAGGCUUUGAUUUCCCCAUCCAGUGCUCGAUCUAAAUCAGUUGAGAAACCCCGCUUAUCAGAAUCAAAAUCGAGUCUGAACCCACAAAGUUUUAAUGAAACUGUGUCAUAUAAGGACAAGAAAUCAUCAUCAGCAUGGAAUUGGAAGAAGCCCUUGAAAGCUUUAGCCCACAUUGGUCGUCAAAAGUUCAAUAUUUGUUUCUUUCUCCACGUGCAUUCUAUUGAAGGGUUACCCCCGAGUUUUAAUGGUAUGAAUUUGUCUGUGCAUUGGAAGAGGAAGGAUGUGGUUUUGCAGACAUGUGCAGCAAAGGUUUUGAAGGGAAUUGCUGAAUUUGAUGAGACUUUGAUGCAUAAAUGUUCCGUAUAUGGUUCAAGAAGUGGGCCCUAUCAUGCAGCAAAGUAUGAAAUGAAGCUUUUCUUGAUUUAUGCAUCCAUAAUUGGGGCUCCAGGCAUUGACAUGGGGAAACAGUGGGUAGAUCUGACACUGUUGUUGCCAUUGAAUUCGGAGGAACUGGAGGGGGAGAAAAGUACUGAUAAAUGGACUACAAGCUAUAAGCUUGAGGGCAAGGCUAAGGGUGCUACUCUAAAUGUUAGCUUUGGUUUCUCGGUAUUGAGAGACAAUUUUGUUGAAUCAAGAAGUAAUAUGAGUGUCUCUGACCUUCUAAAUUUAGUGCAUGAUAGGCCUGCAGUGGAUCCCGAAACAGGUAUUGGGCACACUAACAGUAAUGGAAUGCUUCGGCGACUUGAAAGUGUUCCUAGUGAUUUAAAUCGUCGGCCUCCUCUCUCUUCUCAAUCUGUUGAUGCGAAGAGUUACCAUGAUGUUUCAUCAAAUUUGGGAUUGGAACUCUCCAAGUCAAUAAAUUUUCUAUAUGAAAAACUCGAUGAGGUGAACUGGCAGAAUUCAGAAAAACUUGACGCAUUAUCUGGCCAGAUGCAGCAACUCAAACCAAAGUUUCACUUGGAUUUUGAGCUUGAUGAAGCUGACCGUGGAAAUGAGUGUGAUAUUGAGUUUACUGUUGUUGAGCAGGGGAUAGAAACAUCUGAAAUGGAACAAAUGGAACAAAUGGAACCAGAACAAGAUGAUGUUCAGACUACUGAUGGUUCUGCAAUUGAAACCAUUGACUUGGAUGAAAUAAUCAAGGAUGAUGAUAUAGCCCCUGAUGAAGAGACAAAGUUCCAUUCGGAGGGAAAUAUUUUCCAUGGACAUGUAGAUGAGGUUUUAAUGGAUGACUGCAAACAUGAAGAGAAUAGUGCAAGUAGGAAAGGAUCAAUUAUGGAAGAUCUGGAAUCAGCUUUUAAUAACCAGCUCAUUUCAGAAUCUGAGAAGUUGGAAUCCCAGCUUGCUAUGAACAAGUUUCUAGAGAAUGAAAACUUCAUGGAAACUAAAUCAAAUUACAAGGCUAAUAAAUUGGCAAAGAAAUCGCCGAGCCUGGAUGAAUUUACCACAUCUGUUGCAAGUGAUUUUUUAAAUAUGCUGGGAAUUGAGCAUAGUCCAUUUGGUCUGAGUUCAGAUAGUGAACCUGAGUCUCCUAGAGAGCGCUUGUUAAGAGAGUUUGAAAAAGAAGCCAUAGCUUCCGGCAGCUUCAUCAUAGAUUUUGAUGGAAACAGAGAGCAUGAAGAAUUGGGUUGCAUUGCUCAGGCUGGGUCUAGUUAUGAGGACCUUUCUGAUGAUCUUGAUUUAUCUCUGGUUAUUCAGGCUGCUGAGCAGGAGCAUUGGAGAGCAAGUCAGUUGCUAAGUGGAAGAAGGAAGGUGAAGGUGCUUGAAGACUUGGAGACAGAAGCUUUAAUGAGAGAAUGGGGCUUAGAUGAGGGGGCCUUUCAGAAUUCUCCACGUUAUUGCUCUGAUGGAUUUGGGAGUCCAAUUGAGCUUCUUCCUGAGAAACAAGUUGAAUUACCUCCACUUGGAGAUGGCUUUGGACCCUUUAUCCAUACCAAUGAUGGAGGUUGUCUGCGGUCUAUGAAUCCUUCUCUUUUCAGAAAUUCUAAAAAUGCAGGGAGCUUAGUUAUGCAAGUUUCUUGUCCUGUAGUGCUACCCGCAGAAUUAGGUUCUGAUAUUAUGGAGAUAUUACAGUAUCUGGCAUCGGUUGGCAUCACAAAACUAUCUCUGCUGACAAACAAAUUAAUGCCUUUGGAGGAUAUCACCGGGAAGAUAUUGCAACAAAUAGCAGAGGAUAUUACUGAAAGGAAGGCUCCUUUGUGUCGUGAAUCAUUGUUUGGGAAAGAUCUGUUUAAUCGGAGAAAGGAAAUUGAAGGAGUUUGUUCUCAUCAGUUCUUUAAUAACAUAAAGUCCAGCCUUAUCGGCAGUGAGGUAGACUGGGAAUAUGUUAGUCUUGAAGAUCUUGCACCUUUGGCAAUGAAAAAGAUUGAUGCCAUGUCCAUUGAAGGGUUGAGAAUCCAGUCCGGCAUGUCUGAGGAAGCGGCACCAUCAAGCAUCAGUCCCCAGUCUCCUGGAAAGAUGCUGGCUUUUGAAGGGAAGGAUGUCAAUCUUGUUGGGUUUCUCAGUUUGGGAGGUGCAGAAUUGCACCAUCUUGAUGCCGAAGAUGCUGACAGUGGUGCUGACGGAUUAUUGUCUCUCUCUAUAACAUUGGAGGAGUGGUUGAGACUUGAUGCUGGAAUCAUCAGCGAGGAAGAUGAAGUUGAUGAGCACACAAUAAGGAUCCUUGCAGCCCAUCGUGCUAAGUGCAUAGAUUUUAAUGGAAGGUUUACAGGAGACAUUAAUUGGGGUACAGCAUCUGGUGGAAAGCAUGGUUUGUUGGGGAACAACCUCACGAUAGCUCUCAAGAUACUGCUUAGGGAUCCUCUUCGAAAUUUUGAGCCAGUUGGUGCUCCGAUGCUUGCUCUAAUCCAAGUGGAGAGGACUUCUAUCCAUCCCAUGUCAAAAGUGUAUGGUUCGGUGUUAGAAAGAAGUAGAAAUGAAGAAGAUGAUCAUGAAUGGAUCCAGUAUGAAAAGAAUGGUUGUCUUUGGUUUAAAAUCACUGAAGUCCAUGUUUCAGGGUUGAAUGCUGAACCUGGCAAGACACAACAUUGGGCUACCAAAACACAGCAACAAUCUGGGACACGCUGGCUGGUGGCAAGUGGCAUGUCUAAGUCGUACAAGCAACCAUUUUCGAAGUCGAAGGCCAUUGUAUUAGCAUACCCACAACUAAUCAGAAAGGUGGAGGCAGGUGAUAUCUUGUGGAGCAUAAGCUCUCAAGCUAAGGACACAGUAACUAGUUGGAAAGAGCUGGCAGGAUUUGUUCCACACGUACGGAACCCUAAUGUCAUCUUUCCUGGAUGAAACUGUGAAAAUUUGAGUAUUGCUCUUACAAGGUAUUUAGCAUGAACUGAGCACAUUUAACCUUGCUACUUGGUCUAUUGAGUUUUUGAACAUAGCAAGACUGGAUAGCAUGCUCAGAAUAGAUUUAGCGAACAAAUAUACUUGAUCGGUCUAACGGACCCUGUGAAAAUGGUGAGAUAUAUAAAACCUGCAGUUGCAUAUUGUUUGUUGAUGCUACAGAAUUGUCGAACAAGAAUACAUUGCUGAAUUCCUUCAAUUCUUUUUGUAAAAUCAAAUGUUUUUAA